AUGGAGACUGGAGGGCUGCGACAGGGGAGACAAAGGCAAGUCCUGCUUUUCUUUGUUUUGCUGAGCUUGUCUCGCGCGGGCGCGGAUCUGGGGCCUUAUGCGGUGGUGGAAGAAACGGAAAGAGGCUUCUUUGUGGCCAAUCUAGGGAAAGAUCUGGGACUGGGGUCCGCGGAAUUGGCUUCUCGGGGGGCCCGAAUCAUUUCCCAGGGAAACUCUGAACACUUGCAGCUUCAGGCUCAAACCGGGGAGUUAGUCGUAAAUGAGAGGCUGGAUCGCGAGGAGCUAUGCGGCCCCACCGAGCCCUGCUUGCUGCAUUUCCAAGUGCUAAUGGAAAAACCCUUAGAGCUGAUUCAGGCCGAACUGAGAGUGACAGACAUCAACGACAACGCCCCUGUGUUCUCCGAAAAGGAAACAGUGCUCAACAUACCGGAAAACAGCCCCCCGGGAAGCGCGUACCCCCUGAACAAUGCUCUGGAUUUGGACGUGGGAAGCAACGACGUGCAGGAUUAUAAAAUCAGCCCCAAUGCCUAUUUUCGCGUUGAAACCCGUGAACGAAGCGAUGGCAGGAAAUACCCAGAGCUGAUACUGGACAAAGAGCUGGACCGGGAGGACGAGCCUCAACUGAGCUUCACCCUGACAGCACUGGACGGCGGUGCUCCGCCCCAAACUGGCACGGCCCAGGUCCGCAUUGAAGUGGGGGAUGUUAAUGACAACGCACCCGAGUUUGAGCAGCCAGUCUACAGGGUGCAGGUCCCUGAAAACAGCCCCGAGGGCACCCUGGUUGUCACGGUGGUCGCCACCGAUUCGGACAGCGGGACCAACGGGAAAAUAUCUUACACACUCAUUCAGCCUUCAGAAGGCAUCAGCAAAACUCUGGAGGUAAACCCAGCGACAGGAGCAGUGCGAUUGAGAAAACAGGUGGAUUUUGAAACAAUUCGAUCCUAUGAAGUGGAUAUUAAGGCGACGGACGGGGGAGGACUUUCGGGAAAAUGCACACUGUUCCUGGAAGUGUUGGACGUGAACGAUAACCACCCCAAGGUGACCAUGUCAGCGCUCAACAGCCCCAUCCCGGAGAACACGCCAGAAACUGUUGUCGCAGUUUUCAGCGUUUCAGAUCCUGAUUCCGGGGAAAACGGGAAGGCAAUUCCCUCCAUCCAGGAUGACCUUCCAUUCGUCCUAAAGCCAUCGGCCAAGAAUUUCUACACCUUGGUAACAGACGGACCCCUGGACAGGGAGGCCAGGGCCCAGUACACCAUCACCAUCACUGUCUCUGACCUGGGCACGCCCAGGCUGCAGAGCCAGCACAACGUGACAGUGCACGUGUCCGACGUCAACGACAACGCGCCCACCUUCAGCCAGGCCCUGUACACCCUGUUCGUGCUGGAGAACAACAGCCCCGCGCUGCACAUCGGCAGCGUGAGCGCCAGCGACAGGGACGCGGGCACCAACGCCCAGCUCACCUACUCGCUGCUCACGCAAGACCAGGCAACGCAGCAGCCACAGGGACAGGGACAGGAGCAGGUGGACGUGGGCGCGCUGGUGGCCCUGGACGCGGCGAGCGGGCAGCUGUUCGCGCUGCGCGCGCUCGACUACGAGACCCUGCGCGCCUUCGAGUUCGGCGUGCGCGCGUCGGACGGCGGGUCUCCGGCGCUGAGCGGCGAGGCGCGCGUGCGCGUGGUGCUGCGCGACGCCAACGACCACGCGCCGCGCGUGCUGUACCCGCCGCGCAACGGCUCUGCGGCGGGCGCGUGCCCCGAGCUGGUGCCGCGCGGCGCCGAGGCGGGCUACGUGGUGAGCAAGGUGGUGGCGGUGGACGGCGACUCGGGCCGCAACGCGUGGCUGUCGUACGAGCUGCUGCAGGCCACGGAGCCCGGGCUGUUCGGCGUGUGGGCGCACAGCGGCGAGGUGCGCACGGCGCGGCCUGUGAGCGAGCGCGACGCGCCGCAGCAGCGGCUGCUGGUGCAGGUGCGCGACCACGGCGAGCCGCCGCUCUCGGCCAGCGUGGCGCUGCACGUGCUGCUGGUGGACGGCUUCUCGCAGCCCUACCUGCCGCGGCCCGACGCGCCGGCGGGGCAGGCGGGGCAGGCGGGGCAGGCGGGGCAGGCGGGUGUGGGGGGUGUGGGGGGCGAGGCUGGGCAGGCGGAGGCGCUGACGGUGUCGCUGGUGGUGGCGCUGGCGGCGGUGUCUUCUCUGUUCUUGGCGUCUGUGUUGGCGCUGGUGGCCGCGCGGCUGUGUGGGCGCGGCGGGGCCGGGGCUGGGGCUGUGGCGGUGGGGUCAGGGUGUGGGGUGUCUGUGGCCGAGGGCCGCUUCUUCCCUGCCGGGGCUGGGUGUGGUGGUGUGGGUCCUCUGGUGGACGUGGGCGGGGCGGGGACGCUGUCGCAGAGCUACCAGUAUGAGGUGUGUGUGAGUGGAGGGAGUGGGACUGGUGAGUUCAAGUUCAUGAAGCCUAGUAUAGGUAAUUUCACAAAUGGUGCUGUUAAAGAAAUAGAAGAAAAUUCUAAUAUGCAGAAUAGUUUUGGAUUUAGUUAUUGA